UGGAAUCUGCUGGCGCAAAGUAGCCGUCCCCACCAAGUCAUGACUUCAGUGUGACUACCCACGGACGGAUUGAACCCCACUACACUAUUUCAGAUUCAGAGUGUGCUGUAUAGUGUAUGCAAACGCUGUGAAGCGGCGGCGCCAGCGCCAGCGCCAGCAAUGUCUUCUAUGUUACGAUCUUCUACGUCCAAGCUCCGCCGUGUUACCACCACAAUCGCCGCUUUCUACUCCAGACCAUCGUCAAGCUUCCACUCAUCCGCUGUCAGAAUACGACCGAUUUCGACCCUCCUCCAGUCCCAACAAACCCUACCUUUCAAACCCGCGAAACUAGGGUUCCAGCAACGGCAUAAAUGGGAUGGGAGCUCCGACAACUACGAUCAAAUCAAGGCCGAGGUGAACUGCCCCCGCUGCUCCAAGCCUAUGACCGUGCUCUUCUCCAACCGCCCCCUCUCCAUUACUGCUGGAGAGAGUGGGAUUUAUCAGGCUGUUAAUAUGUGUCACAAUUGCCGGACGGCGUUUUAUUUCCGGCCGUUCAAGCUGGAGCCGCUUCUGGGGAGUUUUGUUGAAAUUGGGAGGGUUAAGGGUGGGAGAGAGCAUUUUGGGGAUAUGGAGGGGAAUGGCGCGGGAAGAAGUGGGAAGACUGGAGUUAAGAUUUGGGAGAAGUUGAGGUCUUAUAGUGGUAGUGAGAAUAAUGACAGAAAUGGUGAUGCUCAGGGUGAUUGUAGUUCUAAUGUGGAGGAGAAUUCGGAGGGAAGGAGUACAGGGUCCGUGGAGGAGAUAUGUAAGGUGCUCAAUGAGUAUGUUAUUGGGCAGGAUAAGGCCAAAAAGGUGCUUUCUGUUGCUGUUUACAACCACUACAAAAGAAUAAACCACGCUCUGGUGCAGAAAGUGACAGGUUCUGAAGUAGCACAUGCUGAACUAGAUUCUUGCAAUAAUGAUAUUGUGGAGCUGGAUAAGAGCAAUGUCUUAUUGAUUGGCCCAACUGGCUCAGGGAAAACGUUGCUUGCUAAAACACUAGCUCGUGUUGUGAAUGUGCCUUUUAUCAUUGCUGACGCCACAACACUAACACAGGCUGGCUAUGUCGGGGAAGAUGUGGAAUCCAUACUGUACAAACUACUCAUGGUUGCUGAUUUCGAUGUGGAAGCAGCUCAGCGAGGAAUUGUGUACAUAGAUGAAGUAGAUAAGAUAACUAAGAAGACUGAGAGCUUGAACAUUGGUAGAGAUGUAUCUGGAGAGGGUGUUCAGCAAGCACUACUAAAAAUGCUGGAAGGAACUAUUGUAAGUGUUCCUGACAAUAGAACUCCAAGACAUGCACGGCGUGAUAACAUUCAGGUAGAUACAAAAGAUAUCCUCUUUAUCUGUGGUGGAGCUUUUGUUGAUCUGGAGAAGACCAUUUCUGAGAGACGACAAGAUGCGUCAAUUGGUUUUGGAGCACCUGUCCGUGCUAAUAUGAGACUUAGUGGGUUAAGUAUUUCUGCAGCUGCCUCACUAUUGGAACAUGUAGAGAGUGGUGAUCUUACUGCUUAUGGUCUUAUACCUGAAUUUGUUGGGCGUUUUCCUGUUGUAGUGAACUUGUCUGCUCUUGACGAAGAACAGCUUGUUCAGGUUCUUACGGAGCCGAAGAAUGCUCUCUGUAAACAAUACAAGAGGAUGUUCAGCAUGAACAAUGUAAAGUUAAAUUUCACGGACAGUGCAUUGAGAUUGAUUGCAAAGAAGGCAAUAGCCAAGAAUACUGGUGCACGUGGUUUGAGAGCGAUAUUAGAAGAUAUUUUGACCGAGGCAAUGUUUGAGGUUCCAGAUGCAAAAUCAGGAACAGAUCGUGCAGAUACAGUUUUGGUUGAUGAAGAGGCUGUAGGUGCACCAGAUGCACAUGGAUGCGGAGCAAAAGUGCUCUUUUCAGACUGCGGGUUAGAAGAAAUUCCAAGAAGAACAAAAUCAGAAGAUCCUAGAGAAGAGGACACUUCGGGGAAGAGAAGCUUGCAGGUAGAUACGGAGGACACGUUGCCUGCCAUGACCUUGUAACCGCACCAGUCCCAAAAGGGAAAAUAAAUCAAUGUAAAUAUGCAGAUGCUAUCAUAAAUUUUUGGAAAAAUGAAAGGCUUUCCCCCCUGCCCACUACUUGUUUCUACAAUCACCGCAUUGCUCUCUCCAAGAAUGACCCAAACUAAUACCAUAGAUCAAGAAAAAUGCUUGAAAUGGCAUAGAACUGCUUCAGCAAAUCAUCGCUGUCGACUCAUAGACAGCAUUGAGAAGCCAACCACUUCAAUGGCUGAAAUGUAUUUGUUGGCUAUAGAGUCAACUAUUAUAAUCUUCUGAUUUAGUU